GGUGCUUAUACCUUUUAAUAAAUAAUCCAUAAGCCUAUAAAUGUAAUGCAUCCCAACUAAACACUGAUUCCAUGGAGACAAAACACUCAUGGCGGUUCAUGAGAGAGAGAGAGAGAGAGAGAGAGAGAGAAGGAGAGAGAGAGAGAGAGAGAGAGAGAGAGAGAGAGAGAGAGAGAGAUGACCUCCUGCCCAGAGCUUGUAUUACAGUCCACUGAGAUGCAUAAGGACAUCUCAACUCUUUUAAACAUAGAAAUGAGUGUGAUGAAGAGGGUUAAACUGGAUAGCACAUCUUCUGAAGCGGACAGAGAAACUGGACAGAGAAUCCUCUUCACAGGUCCAGAUGGUGUUGGAGAUUUCCGUCCUAGACUGGACUUUUUUCCCCGCAGCAUCGGGAUUGGCUCUUUAUCUCCGGAUGCCACAAGUGAUCUGGGUUUCCUCUUCCGGGCUGCACCGCAUGCACCUCCGCCGUUACCCAAACACAGGCACACCGGAGAGCUAGGCUGGGGCCUGCAGUUCUCCACUGUCCUCAACAGACCCACUGACAUCUACUGCAGACAAUAUGAGGUUCGCUCAGGCCCGAAUCCAGGACAAGCAGCAGAGCGUCAAGAGGAACCACAGCACACAUGAUCCCUACAGCGAGAACCACAACAAACACUUCCAGCUUAACAAGAAAAGCACAACCGGACACCAGUAUACUUUUUUCACAUGACACAAGUCAAAUGUUUGUUCAGUGCUGCUUGUUUGUGCUCUUAAAUUCACUGUUAUGUCUAUAAAAAUGUCUAAUAAAAAUGACAUUUAAUG